UGUACCAUGACGUCGCUCUUCUUGUUCUGAGACGUCGCUAUUUACAUUCAAUAAUUUUUUUAAGAAACAAUGCAGUUAUUAAGAUAUUAAAAUCAGUUUUAUACUUCGAGAUCCCAGAAAUGACCAAUUAUGUCACUAACGAAGCUAAUUAAAGCUCCCAUCAAAUUGUUCAGGAAGGAUGUUAUCUCGUUUCUCGUCAUUCGCCGUCAUGAUUUGGGUAAUCUCGAAGACAAACUGCGAUACAUAGCUGUGAAACCUACUGCAUCGAUAUCUGUGCUGCGUCAAAAAAUAUGGCAUUUACUCGAUCUGCCCGACUAUUGCGAAGAAGUGAUCAUAUUGAAGUCGUCUGAUGACAAAGAAAUACCGCUUACUGCACUACGGAAGGGCAACGAUCCACAUCACCCGUAUAUCUUGGAAGUUUGGAUGCCAGAAGCACGCCCACUAUCAUCAAUCGCACGUAUCAACAUGUUGACUCUGGGAAAUGGCGAGAGUUUUGUCAACUGCAAUGUAACCAGUGAGAUGAGAGAGAAAGAGGCAGAUGAUAACGCGAUCUGCGCUGCGAGCAAUGCAAGUUCAGCUGUAGCAAAUGAAACGAUGCCAAACAAUAACUUUAGAUUCUCGGACAAGAAUUGUAUAAAUAAUUUAUUGAAAGCGGAAUACAAAUCGGACAUCACUUGCCGGAUAUCCAGUACGUCGCUAUUCAAAAUCAACGGAAAGAAAAAUCGAGACAGUUUCACAAACAUUCUGCUGAAGAUACAGAGUGACCUUUGCACUUUAAGCAACAAGUUGUCCAAUUUGGAAAACAGAAUCCCAAUGUGAAAUGUUUAACGAAUUAUAUUCUAAUGAAAAGUUAAAAACAAGUUUUUUAAUAAUAUAUUUUAUUUAAAUAACUUAAUAAAUAACACCAUAUCUAGCUACUGUACAAAAAUUAGGACAGCAUGAUUUUAUUUACAUAGAAAAAUAUAUUGUAUCGUACACGUGGUAAUCGAGGCACAAUUUUGUGACUAUUAUUUGACUAGGAAUUACACAUUACCCUCAGCGUAACCUAGUGUGUGAUUAUAUUUUUGCUCUCCUCUGGAAUACUCAAUAGAUUUCCGAUAGAAAACUACCAGUUAUACGCGGCUUCACCGUUUCGUUCUACAAGAACUAUUGUUUAACAGAAAGUAAUGAACAUUGGAUAAAUUUUUCGCUCGCGCUGCGUUGAAGCGUACAGUUGUCUUGCUCUCUCGAUUGAAUGUUUAUUUACAGACGUGUGCGUGCGAGAGUUGCUUUUAUGCAGUUUAGUCGGAUCAUAUUUUAUUUGAUGCUAGUAUGAGCUUACCGUUUACCGUAUCUUCCCUGUUGUUUUAAUUUAAGAAUUACAAGCAAACAACGCUGGAGCGCAAACAGGUACACCUUUCUUAAAAAUAUACAUAUUAUUUAAAGUACAAAAAAUUAUGCAAACGCAAGCCUGUUGUGCGUUUUUUAUUACGUUGAGAUAAUGCUAUUUUAUGGCGGCUAUAAGUGUAGCAUAGCGCGUAAAGCAUACACAUACAAUAUGGUACAGCGUAAUGUGAACGUGUUCUAAAUGUACCGGGCCCGAUAUCGUGCUACGAGCUUAUAAAACUUUAUUGUAUAACGUAGUCUGUAGCCCAAGCACAAACUUCAGAUCCGUAUCCUUAGCACGAACGAAUAUCAAAUUCGUAACGUUUGCGAGUCCGAAAUGUCAUUGUCAAAUGUGUACUGAUUUUUAGUAACUUAAAACUCAAUUAUUGAAAUGUUUGUAAUAUUUUAAAAUUAUUUUCAUAUUUCACAUCCGAAUUUACACAGGUUUACUAACAAAUCGAUUUUCCGUUAGUUUUAAGUUAAAGUUGACUAGAUUGGCAUAUUUAAAUACAGAAAGAUAAACAAAAUCAAAUUUCAAAACGUAAACAAAUUACGACUUCCAUUAAUGUUCAAGUACCUAAAUCUAAGGCCAAUGUUUGCGCAAUAAGACGUCAAAUUGAGUGCGGUCGGACUCCGACUCCGCCGCCGAGCCGAGCAACUGUCUCGCUUCCGCACACGGUAUUCGUGAUCUAUCCGUUUGCUGCAACGAUAUUAAAUACCCUAGAUCAGGGUAAGCGAACCAAUGGCACGCGUGCCUUUGUUGGCACGCGACACAAUAUUUUGGGCACGUCGCCGAUCAUAAAACAUGUGUAAAAAAUAUGUUGAUGAGUUUUGGUAGUAUUUAUCAGAAUGUCAAUAUUAUUUUGAUGUCACGUCCAUGACCCCAUUAAACAUUUUUUACAAAAAAUGGCACGUUGAUGCAUAAAGGUUCGCCUGCCCUACCCUAGAUACACUAACACGAAUAAAAUCGUGCCCGUAACCUGUCCAAAAGGUACAUUGGACGAUCCACGGCGCUCCGUCAGAUGAUCGGGUAGUCAAAAACAAUAUGCAUAUAGGCAUUAUUUAAACAUUGAAAGUCACCUUUAAUGCAUACUGUAUACAGUAUGCAU